GAACAGAGGAGGGGGACCUCAUGUGAGGAGCAGCACACGACACGUCCCACUGCCACAACCUCCACGCCGCUUUUCCAUUGUGUGUAUGUGUGUGUGUGUGUGUGUGUGUGUGGGUGGAAGGUGUCCGAGGAAGGGGACAACUUUGAUGCCAGGCCAAGUGUGUGUGCGUGUGUGUGUUAGCGUGCUCCCGCCUUGAGAAGGAUGACGGAGAAGGCUGGCGGAGACACAUGAUGCCCUUUUUGUCCUUUUCUGCUCCUUUCCGCACCUUUUUCCAACCGCAACUCGACAUUCGCGUCUGAAUGUGACGAAGCGCAUUGUUGUUUCCAGCAGCUCUUUCUUCUUCUUAUUCUUUUUUUUUUUUUUUCUUCCUUUUUUUUGUAUGUGGGAUUUCCAGCCGCGAUGUCUGCUGCAACAUUUCGCUAUUUGUUCCUGGUUCUACUCAGUCCGCUGUUGGGCGGCGCCCAGACGGAGAUGAAGAAGGUCGUCGGGGACAACGCCACCUUACCGUGCCACCAUCAGUUCCCGUCAUCCAAUUCUAUCGACAUCGAGUGGCUCCUGCAGACGCCCAAUUCUAAACAGAAAGUGAUCAUUACGUUCUUCGGUGGCCACGUCUACACCAACGUGGGGGUGAGCAGCGAUGCCAGCCGCCUGUCCUUCGCCGGGCAGUACCUUGGGGGCGACGCCUCCCUGCUGAUCAGUGACCUGCUGCUGACCGACUCUGGAGAAUAUUACUGCAAGGUCAAGACCGGGGGGAAGUACCACUGGAGCCAGGUCAACCUCAUUGUGCUGGUGAAGCCCUCAAAGCCCACGUGCGGGUUGGACGGCAAUCUCCUGGAAGGCAGCGACGUCAGACUCAGCUGCAAGUCCAUCAACGGUUCCGACCCCAUCAGCUACAAAUGGGAGCGAGUGCUGGACAAAGGCAAGAGUCUGGGCAAGCUGCCAAACCUGGCGCGCAUAGAUCUGAAGAACCCAGAGAUCGUCACCCUGAGGAACCUCACCAUGGACAGCACAGGCGUCUACAGGUGCACGGCCAGCAACGACGUGGGGGAGGAGAGCUGCACCAUCGAAGUCCCCAUGGAGCAUGAGAGGGAUGUAAAGGUGGCCGGUGCCGUGGUGGGAUUUUUCCUGGGCGCCUUCAUCGUCGUGUUAAUCAUCUGGCUUGUCUUCCGAAAGAAAGAGAAAAAGAAGUACGAGGAAGAGGAGACUCCAAAUGAAAUCAGAGAAGAUGCAGAGGCUCCCAAGGCCAAGCUGGUGAAACCAAACUCCCUGUCCUCGUCCCGCUCCGGCAGCUCACGCUCGGGCGCCUCCUCCACCCAAUCGAUGGUGCACAACAGUGCCCAGCGUGGCCACCGCCCCCGCCCGCCUGCAGUGGCGGCGCUCAAGGAAAACGGACAGCCUCCCGGCUACCCUCAGUCGCCUCCAUCCUAUGCCACGGUGGUCCCGUCCAAAACCUCCGAGGCCCCUGCCACUCCCAAAUACAACUCCAGGAAUACAUCCGGGCCGACACCCCCCACCCUCAUGGUCCCCGCCCAGACCAAGGCCUUUCAGACUGUGUAGGACUGAAAACUCGCUCUUUCCUGCAGCCACGCCAGAUUCCCGUCCCUUGAAACCCCUUAAACCCUGCACCUGCCCUCCCAAAGACUGAGACUCUUCCAUAAACAAAGAAUUGCAACUAGUUAAAAGGAAGAAAUCAAUACUAUAAGUCCAAAAGUUCUUCUAAUGAAUGCAUACUUUAAAGGGAAAUGCUCGCCCCCAGCUGAAUUCCACGAGGACAGCGGCACUGUUUGUGUCAUGUCUCAUGUGCGGAAAGCUGGAAGGACCCCUAGUCAAGUAUUUAUCUCGUCCAAAUUUUAGGCAUGUAACAGAAAUGGGGCAAAAUGCGGGUGAAGUUGGCCAUGAGACAUUAUGAUGGCGGCUUCAGUUUUCUUCUCUUGGAUUCUUCCAGCACUUGCUCCGAAUCCCCAGUUGACUCCCGUGUGUGUGUGCGAGUGUGUGUGUGUGUGUUUGUGCGUGUGUGUGUGUGUGUCACCCAACCUCCAGACCCCUCAUGUUCCCAUUGAGGAACUCACAAGGAACCUCCUCAGACUGACUCAUCUGACUGAACGGCCCAUUUGCUCUACCACCAGCAGGGCAAUCUUCAGGUAUCAGGAUGUAGCAACAGCAGAGUGGCCCUGCUCUUUCUCUGGGUACUGAACACCUUAGUUGACAUAAAUAGCAUACAUAUUAGGCCUAUAGCCAGACCAUGCUUCCAAUGUAAGGGAUGAGCAACUAUUAGUGCAAUUUAGUUUUUUCAUUCUUUCCCUUCUAGGGCUGUAACGGUACUCCGUAAUCACGGUUCGGCACGUACUUUGGUUUUUAAGUGACGGUUCAGUUCGAGGUAAGGGAUGUAUUUAAGCUCGGGCUCCUCCACUCGUUGUGUACCGGGUGGGAAUUCAGUACGCCAAAAAAUAACUGGAGAUUCCGAAGACAUGUACCGUUACACCCCUAGUCUCUUCUGUUCAGCUUGUCAUAAUACGAAGUGCCACCGAUCCUGAGAAUGGGUUCUUUUAUUUUGGUGAAGUUUUUGUUCCGAUUGCUGCAUUUCAGAAACCAAAACGUGUCACCAUGAAUGUGUGAUGGAUGAGGAUGGUUGUAGCUCCCUGGAAGAACCUUUUCACACCAUCCCUCUCUUCAAAGUGGAAAUAGUCGACGUGAUAGUGGAAAGGUUCUCUGAAUGAAGGUAUGAAGAGUGUAUGCUAUCAUUGUUUCCCUGGCACUCGAUGGUUCUUCUGGGUCAUUGGUCCGUCUGCGCGAUCAGCCGAUCCCCCCCCCUCCCCCUUUCGUCACGUCGUCACGCAGACCCAGUGCAGUUUGAUUGAAAGUAGCUGAAAAAAAAAUAGGGCAAGUAGCCUAACUAUCUAGUGUGCCUUUGCAAUCCUUUAUUCUUUUUUCUUUCUCUUUAUCUCACUCGGCUUAGAAGGUCAAUAGCAGCAAGUAUUGACCCAGCUCCAAUAACUUCGCCUCGGAGGCAGCCCAAAGUGGGGAUGGGUAGGGCGGGACGAGGAGUACGAAGCAGUGUCCAAUCCCACGCCAAGGGACAAUGUACUGUACAUUCUGUAAUCAGUCUUGUUUUGUAUUGUACAUACAGAUAAAUAUAUGCACAUGAUGUCAAUGAAUUCAAUACUUAGGAGUAAACGGGAGGGGAGUUCGCUCCCUGACACCGUUUAGAGUCGGACAGAAGACCCAAAGGUGAAUUUAAAACAUGUUACAUGGCGUUCUAGGUGACUGGAUAAAGAACUGUGUAUACCACUGUCAGGAGCACAUGGACACCAUUGUGUUUAAUGAUGUUUUCCCAAUGUGCCACCCUGUCGGACUGGGAUUCUGCGAUUGGAUUAACAUAAGAAAAGGAAAACAGCUGUUUUAAUUAAAUUGUAAUGUUUAAUUCAAAGCUACCAGGAAACCUUCAAAGUUGAAAACAUUCCAUCUUUCUGUUUGUUCUCAUUUAAAAACAAAGCUGAAUUAUAAAUGAAGUCGUAAUCCGUUUGUCUUUGUUAUUAAUGUUGACUUACGUCGCUUUUCCACUGCACGCUACCUGCGCCUGUUUACUGCUAAUAUGCUAAUAAAACAAAACAAUUAAGGACAACAAGAGUCCCCUGUAGUUACUUCUCAGUUUUAGGAGACUAUUUUUUUUCCAAGGGGAGACUAUAGACAAUAAAAAUACGAAGCACUGAAGCACAGUGGAUACUAUUGUGAGUAGUGCUGCACAUUAUGGAGACAAAUUGUAUCCAAGAGGACACUGAGGGCAGCAGCAAAAUGGAAACAAUGCUGAACGUCGAAGGAGACAAUUGUCAUUUUAGAAGAAACUGACGGUGUUGACAAAGGGACAAAGAGACUGAGGAGUACAAUGUUCCACAUUGAGGAGACAUGUUUCUAUCUAAGAAGAGUCUACAAGAAGUGGUAAAAGGCCGGCUGCAGCAAAGUGGAGACUGUGGAGUAUAAUUUUACACAUUAAGGAGACAUGUUGUAUCUAAGAAGAGACUAAGGGCAGUGGGGAAUGGCCUGUUGCAGCAAAGUGGAGACCAUUGAGUGCAAUGUUGCACACUAAGGGGAAUCGUUUUGUUUAUCUAAGAGGAGACUGAGGGCAAUAAUAAAUGCCUGUUGCAGCAAAGUGGAGACUGUGGAGUGUAAUUUUGCACAUUAGGAAGAAAGAAGAGUUGUUUUGUUUAUCUAAGAAGAGACUAAGGACAGUAGUAAAUGCAUGCUGCACAAUAGUGGAGACAGUGGAGUAUAUAGCUGUAAACUAUAUAGAUCAAUUUUACCCUAAAGGAAACUGAGGGUCCGCAAAACUAAACACUGCAGCAAAAUGGAGACUGAUGUUUUAAAUAAAUGAUAAAUGGGUUGUACUUGUAUAGUGCUUUUCUACCUUCAAGGUACUCAAAGCGCUUUGACACUACUUCCACAUUUACCCAUUCACACACACAUUCACACACUGAUGGAGGGAGCUGCCAUGCAAGGCGCUAACCAGCACCCAUCAGGAGCAAGGGUGAAGUGUAUUGCUCAAGGACACAACGAACGUGACGAGGUUGGUACUAGGUGGGGAUUGAACCAGGGACCAUCGGGUUGCGCACGGCCACUCUCCCACUGCGCCACGCUGUCGCACAUUAAGGAACAUUUGUUUGUCUAAAAAGACAAUGAGGGCGGUGGUAAAUGGCCUGCUGCAGCAAAGUGGAGACUGUGGAGUAUAAUGUUGCACAUUAAGGAGACAUUUUUAUCCAAGAAGAGACUGAGGGCAGUGGAGAAUGGCCUGUUAGAGCAGAGUGGAGACUGUGGAGUAUAACGUUGCACAUUAAGGAGCGUUGUUUUGUUUAUCUAAGAGGAGACUGAGGGCAGUAGUAAAUGCAUGCUGCACCAUAGUGGAGACUGUGGAGUAUAAUGCUGUAAGCUUUAUAGAUCAAUUUUACCCAAAAGUAAACUGAGGGGCCGCAAAACUAAGCACUGCAGCAAAAUAGAGACUGUGGAGACUAAUGUUGGAUAUUAAGGAACAUUUGUUUAUCUAAAAGGAGAAUGAGGGCAGUGGUAAAUAGACUGCAAAGUGUAGAUUGUGGAUUAAAAUGCUGCACAUUGAGGAGCAGGUUUUUAUCCAAGAGGAGACAAAGGGCAACAGAAAACCGUAACACUACAGCAAAUAAGAGACUGUAGCUAUAAUGUAGAACAUUAAGGAUACAGUAUUUCAUCUGAGAAGAAACUGAGGUCCGUGGGCAAUGGCCUGCUGCAGCCAAGUGGAGAUUAUGGAUUGUAAAACUGCAGACUCCCAAGCUAAAGUAGUGCAACAGGGCAAGCUGUUGUUUGCAAGCGACCUGCAGUGGAAAAGUGUCAUGGUUGUCAACUUUGGAGGUUCCACCACGCGAAUCAUUUAUCUUUUUUUCAGAAAGUGGAAAAUAUCACACAGGAAGAAAUAUUUCAACUAAAAAAUGGCAACAACAACAAAAAAGCAAACAUGUAUUUUGACUUCACAAUGCGGGACUUCACUGACUUGUUAAGGAGGGUAAAAAAAACAACUUUUAUAUUCAACGCCAGUUCAUAUCUGACCAGGGAAGCUCGCGUGUGUGUGAGCGUGUGCAUGUAAGUGGAAGUGUGUGUGUGUGUACGGUGUGGGUGUGUGCAUGGUAAUUCAGUAUAAGCCCUCGGGCCACACCCACACACUCGACUGUUGGCCAUUGAGUGGGCGAGAGGUUGGGGGGGGCAAGGCUUUUUUGAGCAAUGAUAUGAAUGCAGACUGGCAGUAUUUUUCAUUUCCAUUGACUCAUAAGCCAGUUGAAGCUGGCCUCACAGAGGGAGUCUUGAGUCAUGUACAUAAUUCAUACUGUUGCUGCCCGCCUUGCUGGCGCGGCCCCAUAAAUAAGACGAUACGCUCGUGCAAACACGAUACGGUUUGCGUGCGGGCAAAAGUGUUGGGACCCUCAUCAAUUAUGGAGUCGGAGGACAAAAGCACAUGACUUCUGACCUCCGUGGAAUGGAAUCCAAAAUAGGAUAUGAUAACAUCAUCACUGUUUUUAAUGCAAAUAAUUAAGAGUGACAUUAGUUUGCAUGCAGUAGGAAUUAGAAAGUAAACAUUAUGAAAUGUAUGACACACAUGGGCUCAUAUUUAAUCAAUUAACGAAGAAUCAUUGAAAACGAACACGGUAACUUUACCGGUAAAUCAAAUUAGUCUGUGCUCUCUUUGUCUCCCACUUUCAAACAGGGUACAGAAGACUUCAUUAUGUGCAUCUCUCUCAGCAUCUAAACGUGUCGUUCAAUAGCAGAAAUAACUAAACAAAGUCAACUGUCUUGUACGUGAUUCACAACUUUUGUCUCUGUGGGUGGAGGCGGGACUACGAGCGUAAAAACACACAGGACACACGAACAGGUCCUCGCUAGUUGUUGAUAGGAAAACGUAGAGAUCGACACUGAUUAUCAGGGCCGAUAUUUGGCCUAUUGAAAUAUAUA